CAGCGAUAUAUAAAAGGGGAGCAAGAAAAAAAGAUGGAACUUCAUACAAUUGUAUUUUAUAUCUCAAGUUUAUUAUUUAUCUAUACUUUACUUAAGCUCCAAAGCCUAUUUAAAGCAAGAAAACGAUUGACCAAAAAUUUACGCGCACAACUAACAGAAUAAGACAAAAUGGUAGUUACUAGAGAGACAUACGCUAUUGUUCGUGAUAUCCCUGAUACUUUUGAUCAAUGUGUCACUGCCGUCGAUAAUACAUCCAGUCCGAUUAAUGUUGAAUUAGCAAAGAAGCAACAUGAAGAAUAUGUCAAGGUACUAAAGGAGCAUGUGGAUCAUGUUAUCGAGGUACCUGCAGACCCUUUACACCCAGAUUGUUGCUUUGUAGAAGAUACAGCUGUUGUUGUUCAAGACAGAGCCAUCGUAAAUCAUUUGGGAGCAGCUUCACGAAGAAAGGAAGUCUCUGGUAUUGAAGAAGCAUUAAAAAAGAUACCCGUCAUCAAAGAAAUCAUUCAUAUGUGGGAAGUUGAUCCUGAAGCAACUUUGGAUGGAGGUGAUGUACUGUACACUGGGGAGCAUCUCUUUGUUGGACUUUCCCGUCGUACGAACCAACGUGGUGCAGAGGUUUUGAAAGAGGUCUUUUCGGAUAAAUGUCCAGUGUAUAUAAUCAAUAGUUUAUUGAAUUAUGAUUCACUUCACUUCAAGUGUAUUGUCAGCAUGCUUGAUAACAAAACGUUACUUGUCACUGAUCACAAGGCGGGGCUAGAGGUUAUUGGUGAGAUCGAGAGCUACACGAAGAGCUGGUAUAGCUUUAUCAAGGUCCCUGAACAAGUUCCUUCGAAUAUUCUUAGCUUCUCUCGUGAGAAAUUCGCUAUUUAUCAACAAGAUUUUCCCGAGUCUGAAAAGGUAUUACUGGAAGAAUUGAAAGAAAAGAGAAAGGUCGAAUUGAAGGCAUUGUGCAUGAGUGAACUGAUUAAAGCAGAUGGCGCUCUGACGUGUUGUUCUAUUCUUAUAUAAAAUUAAACGUAUGAUUUUAUUUUAUGACAUAAUCUUAAUCCACGCGAAUUUCAUUUCUUUUUUUUUUCUUGCCUUUUUGUCAAUUAAACAAAAUAAUAACCGAAUAAAUGUGUGUGUCAAUUUGAUGCAUAAAUUAUC